UUCAUAUUAUACCUUUCUCCUCUCUCUCUCACUUUACCCGUCCCUUCUUAUUUUCUAUCGUCUUACCCUUCAUCUCUCAUCUCACCUUCCUCAAACCGAUCGUUCAUCUCUCAUCUCGCUCUCUCUAUCUAACCCUUGAGAAACCUCCUAUUUCUCCCUCGAACCUUCAUGUGUGGAUGAAUCCUUCAUCUGUCCAAACUCUCAUCUUCAUCAGCACUUCUCCGUCGUUCACCUCUGACCUCCGUCACUGUCAUAUCCAUGGAGUCAUCUGAGCCAGAGGUUUGCUCUGUCGUUGCCAAUACUUCUGUUGAUAUCCUCAUGCAACCCUUUGAACCCAACCAAUCUAAUUUGUCUGUCUAAAUCAAUGAAUCUAGGGUUUUGGAAGGCUCAGAUUUGGCCAAUUUUUCCAUGCAUGUUGAACUGGCGAUGGCUGUGCGGUGCUCUGAUGUCCCGGACACUUAUGGCGGGUGUUGACGAGGAAGAUGAAGGGGGGGAACUCACCUCGGGGCUUCGGGUGGAGGGGAUGGAAUGGCUUCGAAGGGAUGAAGAAGAGAUUGGUCAGGAACCUGAGGAAGGUGAUGGCAUUGAAGCAACUUGUGCUCAUUACCCACCCUUGGUUGCUUCACCGUACUAUCAGUGGACGCUUGCACACAAAGCUUCAUUUGAUAGCUGGCUCAAGCUUUUAUGCCUAAGUGGGAUCCUAAGCUUUGGGAUCAUCUAUUAAAAAAAGAAACAUCAUUUAUUAAUUUUUGUGCUCAUCUCUCAUAACACAUUGUCAAGUAUGCCGUGCGAACAUUAUUAAGAAAUUGCCAUAAUCAGGGCUAAAAUAUUAUUAAAGUUUUUAAAUAUG